GCCUGUGACUUCCCAGUUCCCACUUACACUAUAAUGCUAACUGUGACCCAACUAAACCACUCAUUUCACUUUCCUUCCUUCCCCCAAAAUCUCCAUUUUCCUUUUUGCCUUUUUCUUUUCCAUUUUCAAACAACAUACACCCCUUACUCCUAAUUUUAACUCUUUCUUGACUGUUCAUUGCCAUUAAUCCAACACCCCACUUGUUCUUCUUCCUAACUACUUUAUUUAUGUGAAGAAAGAUCAAGAACCAACCUUAAAGUUACAAUCUUGAGUAAAUUUUUUUUUUCUUUCCUCAAAAUUGUGAGAAUAUAUUGAACAAAGAUAUAUUCAUCUUUGUGUUUUGUUAAGAAAGAAAGGAAGAAAAUAAAGAUGUCUGCUACUAUUAGUGGGGUUCUUUUCCCCUUUCUAUUUUUUGUGUUAUUUAUUAGUUCUCAUAGUGCCCCAAUUUCCCAAGGAAAAGGGUCAGAAAUGGUGCCACUAAUUGAGCCAGGGAAGGCAGAAAAAAUGAUGAUUAUGCUGAAUAACACAAGGAGGAAGCUUGGGAGUUUUCAGAUUUGUGCACUUUGCACUUGCUGUGGUGGGGCAAGAUCAGUAUGCUUGCCUACUCCUUGUUGCUAUGCUAUCAAUUGCAACAUACCAAACAGGCCUUUUGGUACCUGUUCUUUCACUCCCAAAACCUGUAAUUGCUUUGGAUGCCAUUACUAAAUCCCACAAGAAAUCAAAAAGUAUCUCUCUUUCUAUAAAAGAAAAGAAGGGAUGAAAAGUUAAGUCAAAUUAGAUCUUUUUUUGGUCUUUGAUUUGUUUUUCUGUGAGUCUGAAAGGGGAGAAGGAAUAUCUGUUCUUAGAUUUGAUUUGUUUAUAAUUGUUUCAAGGACAGCUAUUUCCAGGUAAUCUUUUGCUACUUGAUGAUGGGAUUUGUGCCCUUGAAGUAGUGUUAGUGUUUACUUUUUCAGUAAUGAAAAAAUGUGAUUCUUUUUUCUAAUUAAGUAGCAAAAAACUUGGAUGAAGUACUAGUUUCAGAGUGAAGUAUAAUACAUAUAUCCAUUGAGUGUU